CAGAAGAGAGAGAUCAACUACCACACUAAAGUAACGUGUUGCUUAAAACCUUGCACACCAUUCACAUCAAUCUUGCAUCUCCUCUGCUGAGGUUCAGAAAAGUCCAAACUUUCUUCUUCAAAACUUGGUGGGCAUUAAUGAUCUUUGCCUCCCUCUGUCAUUACAUGAAGAUUCUCAACUUGCGUUUUCAAAAUGUUGGUUAGUGAGGACGAGUGUCAUGCUGUUGUUGACAUAGACAAUGUCUGUCAUCGGAGCUUGGUCGGCGGCGGAGCCACUGAAGGGUGUUCUGAAGCCGGAGACAGGUCAGAUGAGGAGCAAAGAUCCUCCCAUGAUUCUAGUACCGAGAUUGUGGGAGUGUCUGAAAAAGAGAGAGGAUCCUCUGCAUCAGAGUGUUCUGUGGAUGUGGAUCUGGACGGUGCAUUUCAUGAUGUCAAGUUGCAUUUGGCUAAGGUUGAGAGGGAUUGUAGGAUUUGUCAUCUCAGCAUGGAUAUGACCAAUCAUGAAUCUGGGACUCCCAUUGAGCUGGGAUGCUCUUGCAAGGAUGAUUUGGCUGCUGCUCACAAACAGUGUGCUGAGGCUUGGUUCAAAAUCAAGGGAAACAAAACUUGUGAAAUCUGUGGAUCAAUUGCACGCAAUGUAGCUGGUGCUAUUGAAGUUCAAAUGACAGAACAAUGGAAUGAAGCAAAUGAUGCUUCCAUGGUACCACCAACUGGACCUGCACCCCCUCCAGAAACUCGAAAUUUCUGGCAGGGCCACCGUUUUUUGAAUUUCCUGCUAGCCUGUAUGGUAUUUGCCUUUGUCAUAUCUUGGCUUUUUCACUUCAAUGUGCCCUCUUGAAUUCCUGUGUCACUUGAGGAUGACACACACGGGUAAGAUGAUAAAGGGUUAUUAGACCAACCUUUGGCCCUUAACAUAUGGGUAUCAAUCUCAAUACCCUUGUCUUCAUAUUGUAUUGGGAGCUGUGUUUUUCUUUACAUAUAUGAUGUUCAUAUGUGUAUUUUUUUAUGUAUUAUGGUUGAUCUUAUUUUUCUCAACCUAGAAUUGUAUCAUGGACGGU